AAAAAUUUGGAACUGCUGAUUUGAUUGAUAGAAAUUUUUGUGUUCGGCAUUCUUACAAAUUGCGAAAUUAUUCAUAAAUAAAUAAUUUAUUAUUAUUAGCCUACAAUAAAUUAAUUCGUAAGUGUAUUUUUGUGAUACCUGUUCACUAAACAACAACAAAAUGCUGAUUAAAGUGAAGACACUGACUGGUAAAGAAAUUGAAAUUGAUAUUGAACCAACAGACAAAGUAGAAAGGAUUAAGGAAAGGGUAGAAGAAAAGGAAGGUAUACCUCCACAACAACAGAGGUUGAUUUUUUCUGGAAAGCAAAUGAAUGAUGAAAAAACUGCCCAGGACUAUAAAGUUCAAGGCGGCUCAGUUCUGCAUUUAGUUCUGGCACUGCGUGGAGGAGUAACAAAAAUGUGAUCUUUUUAGGAAUUCUGUUUCUAUGAUUGGUCAUCUCAAAACUGAUUUAAUUUAAUUUAUACUGUUGCCCUUUAGUUACUUUAUAAUUUAAGUUAGGAAAAGAAUAAAAUAAAUGUGAUGAUUUCUUCACUUCAAAUAACAAGUUGAAAAAUAAAACAAUUUUUUUAUGCAAAUUUUUUUUAUUCAAUAACAUUUAUCACACCAAUUUUAAUAUACAGAACAUGGAAGUGUCCAUAAAUGGCUACUCUAUAACAUAAUAAUAUGGUUCUGCAAAACUUGGAAAAUUUUAAAAUUAUGUACAAGUUGGAAUUUUGUCUUAUAAAUUUAGUUAACAUAGUGAAAAUAGCCAUUUAUGGUGAAAGACCAAAGUACAGGCGUUUUAUCAAGCUGAAUAUUUUGUUGAUUGUUGAGUAGUUUUACUAUGAAACUCCUGUACCAUAAUGGACAAAAAUAUACAUUAAGUACAAUAUAACCUGUAAAACUUCUCUAAAUAUCUGGAAGACAAAAAAUAUACAUAAAAUACACAACAAUAUACUUAAACGAAAUUAUUUUUUAAAUGGCUAACAAUUUUAUAUUUUGAUUAAUUUAAUAAUACUGCUAAGAGUGGACAUUGUAUUUGACUUAUUUUUAAUAUUUAUAAUAUCUUAACAAAGCUAACACUACGAAAAUUGUUUAUAUAAAAUAUAUUCAUAUGAGCAUUAAAAUUAGCUUAAAUUUAAUUGAACAUUUAAUACAAAGUUCAGGAAAGGGUUUUUACUCUUGAUUUUGUGCAUCAUAACAUUUAUUAAUUUAAUAUUAAUAAUAAUUGUCGUCAAUAUUUGGUAUACAUUUGUUACACAGUUUGAGCUUGGCGCAUAAAGGACUUUAAUACAAUCCAGAUUUAACUGUACAGAUCAGCUUUAUUUGAAGCUGAAUGCACCCAAAAUUGGAUUGUUCAUUGCAUUACCAGACAAAAUAACAUUUCUUGCAAUGAUUUCUGAAGAUGGAAGAUUUCUUUUGAGCUUUCCAGGGAGCUUAUUGAGAAGAUGACUUUACUGAAAUAUGCUAUAUAUUUGCUUUUCAGAUUUUAUUAGCUUUCAUAUAAUUUCGUAAGUGUCGCGGUAUGAAAAUUCUCUGGCCUACUUGGCCAAUCAAAUUUGACACAUUUUCCAAUGUAUUUUUCAAUGUAGCAAUACCUGUGAUGAGUUGUAGAACAAUCUGAACGAUAGGUACUUUGCUUGGUACUGAUUGUCGCCUUAUAGAACUUCAAAACCAUAAAAAUAAUAUCAUCUUGUGAAUUUCAUUACAUUUCAAGACGAUAUAUUAUUGUCGCAUAACUUUACAGUAUCCAAUAGAAAAGUUUGACUGGUACUUGUAAUGUGUGCAUUCAUUUUCAAGUUACAGAUUCCUUCAUACAUAUCUACUUACUGAUGUGUCUGUCUACUUGAGUAUCAAUGGUAUCUUUAGGUAUUUAGUUGUAGAUACAUACUAGCAAUUUUCCUGAACUUAAUUUAAUAUCUUCAAGUAAAGUAUCAACAUUUAAACCAUUUCUCUUCAUAAACGGAAUGGGAUAUCUUAAGAACGACAAAUUUAUUGGCACAGUCAAGUGAAAUAUAUAAUUAGUGUAUAUUUGCUUUAAAAAUCCUAUAGGUACACCUAAUAAAUAUGAUGAUUAGCUACAGCUCCACGUUAAGUAUCUUACUACCCUUUUUUUUACUUAAAUCGCAAUUUCACUAAAGUCAUAAGAACAAUGCAAUUAUUUGUGACAUUUACUAACUGCCUUCCGGUUAAUCAUAUAUACUUACUUUUGAACUUUCAGCUAAACACUCAGCGACAGUUUUCAUAAUAAUUUGUACUAAGAAUUAACUUAUCCUAACUAACCGUCUGCCAGACUAGGAGUUACCCAGCCGUAUUUGUCAUGUGUUCGCACUAGUGACCGAAAACUCUCCUCGGCUGUUCUCCUGCUAAACACUUUUUGUCCCUUACUUUUACGUUGUAUCCUGCCUUGACCUUUCACUACACUAGCUGCAAACUGCAUUAUAACCGCUUCAACUGUGUACGCUGAAGCCCAGCCUCUAGGUGUUAGUAGUUCCAUG